AUGCCCAAAUCGACAACAACAGGAGAGGUCGCAGGACCCUUUGUGGAGGUUCAAACCAAGUUAUAUAUCCACUUGCCUCCAUGCUUCGCCACCAAGCCUAUCGAGGGUAUCCACGAGCAAUUGAAUGGAUUCCUCAUGAGAUAUAUGCCCCAGGUGGACGGUGUUGUGUUGGCGCAUUCGGACCUGAAGCUGUUGCAGACAUCGGCAAGGAUCAUGUACGACUCGCCCUACUGCCAUUUCUGGAUCUCGGUCAAACUCUUGGUCUGGAGACCUGUCAAGGGAUCCACCCUUUACGGAACGAUCAACUUGCAGUCGCCUGAUCACAUUGGUCUUUUGCUCUACGGCACCUUCAACGCCUCGAUCCCCUCCGAGUUCAUCCCCAAGGACAAAUAUGUGUUCAACCCCAACAAGUCCUACAGCGGAUCCGACAGCGCCAACGGCGAUCCCGACUCGCCUCUCAUGGGUACUUCCCUCCUGAAUGGAGAGUGGGUUCACAAGAGCACAGACGAGAGCAUCGGACACGACGGCAUCAUUGAGUUUGAAGUCUCCGAACUGGUCAGGACAAACGACAUGUUGACUGUUACAGGAUCGUUGAUGAAGGUCCCCGUUAUGACCCGUCGCCCCUCGAUGCUCCCCAAGCACUCUCCUCUCCUCUCUGAUGAUUCCUCCUCACAAAAGAAGCGGUCUGCACCAGAAGAAGAUGAACAUGAGGCCAAGAGGAUAAAGAAGGAGAAGAAGAAGGCUGCUGCUGCUGCCGCCGCCGCUGCUUCUACUGAGGAGAAGCCCAAAGACAAGAAGGAGAAGAAGGAGGUCGUUGCUGCUACACCUACCGAGGCUACCAAGGAGAGCGGUGAAGAGAAGAAAAAGAAGAAGGAGAAGAAGGACAAGAAGGACAAGUCAUAA